AUGUCCAACAAAGCUCUCAUCUUCAAGCAGAUCCCCCAGGGAUACCCUGUCCCCGGUAAGGAUCUCACCAUCGAGACCGCUGCGUACGAUGCCAAUGUUGCCGCUCCCGACAACGGUGUCGUCCUGCAAUCCCUCUACACCAGCUACGACCCUUAUAUGCGUGGCCGCAUGCGCCCCGCUGAGGUCAAGUCCUAUGCCGCCGCCUUCGCCCUCGACAAGCCCAUUGAGAGCGACAGCAUCGCCAAGGUCGUCCGUUCCAACAAUGCCAGCUACAAGGAGGGAGAUCUGGUGAUCGGUCACGUCCCCAUCCAGGAAUACGUUGCCCUCGACGCCCCCAACCUGGUUCGCAUCCGCAAGCUCGAGAACCCCCUCGGAAUUGAAGAUAUCCGCGUCUUCCUGGGUCCUCUCGGUAUGCCCGGCCUGACUGCUUACUCUUCCCUUUACGAGAUCGGCAAGCCCAAGAAGGGCGAGACCAUCUUUGUCUCCGCUGCCAGCGGUGCCGUCGGCCAGCUGGUCGGCCAGCUCGCCAAGCACGAGGGUUUGCGCGUGAUUGGAUCCGUCGGUAGCGACGAGAAGCUCGACUACAUCAUCAACGAGCUCGGCUUCGAUGGCGGUUUCAACUACAAGAACGAGAAGCCCUCCGCUGCCCUCGCCCGUCUUGCCCCCGAGGGAAUUGAUAUCUACUAUGAGAACGUCGGUGGCGAGCACUUCGAGGCUGCCCUCGAUGCCUUCAACAACUUCGGCCGCAUCGUCACCUGCGGUCUGAUCUCGCAGUAUAACUCCGCUCCUUACCCCAUCACGAACAUUCACCAGAUCCUCGUGAAGCGUCUCACCAUGCGCGGCUUCAUUGUCAUGGACCCCGGCAUGGGUGAUAUCUACACCAAGGAGCACCAGGAGCGUGUGCAGAAGUGGAUCAAGGAGGGUACCUUCAAGGUUCUCAUCCACGAGACUGUUGGCAUUGAUAACGGUGCCGAGGGCCUGGUUGGUAUCUUCCACGGCAAGAACAAGGGCAAGGCUGUUCUCAAGUUUUAA